AUGGCAAUUACUUCAAUAAUUUAUGUAAUUGUCCUUCUUGAAAGCAUCUUCCACGCUGGACAGUGCGAAUAUGUAUCAUUUUUGUGUGGUGCCAGGCAGGAACGCUCAUUAGGAGCCGUAGACGGACGGAAUGUUUCUGUACAAUUCCUUCUUGAGGACCCCUUGAAUGAGAAUCAGUCAAUCGUAUGGGCAAAAUGGGUAGAUGAGAAGAAUCAACUGCUCGAUGAUGUCGACAAAGAAACUAUCAACAGGGACCGUUAUAAGUUGACAAAUGUAGCAGGAGAACGAACGAUCAACUUGUCGAUCGCUUUUUCUGAACCUAGCGAUUCAGGAGAGUACGUGCUUAAAAUUCAUCACAAGGAUCAAAAGCUUUGCACCAUUGCGUCGUUCAAUAUAACCAUCGAAAGCACAGAACCUGUCUGCUCAACACUCUACGACCAAGAGACCCGGAGAUUGCAGAUGUCCUGUGAAUGGAUGCAGGUGAACGUCGGGGAUCAAGUUCAACUGCUGGUCGGGGAUCAGGUUCUAUAUGAGUAUGGGACUAGUGAUAUGAAUAUUGAUGGAGAUUUUAACUCAACCAACAUAUUCAGUGUUUACUCGUCUAUUGAAGACGUACAUAAUGGUCGAGUUAUGCCAAGCGUGUGCCUCAUUAAUAAUAAAGACAAGUCUAACAAUAAUACCUGCUCAUUUCAUUUCGUCCAAGAUCUCCGUCUGCAUUCUUUUUUUGAAUGUUGCCCGGAAGGAGAAACUGACGCUGAUGUUCUUUGGUACACCAAUGGAAGUAUUCUAAUUCCACUGUCACCGAACAACACUGUAUCAUUUGUCCAUGAAGGGCGUCUUUCUUUAUUUUGUGGACCAGGUGUGCCGAGUAAAAAUAAGACAGUUCUCUUACGAAACAUUGGCAAUUUUAUCCAAGAAAAAGAGUGCAACGUUUCACUGUCUACAUUUGACACACCUGAAGGGAACGCAAAUUGUGCAAUCAUGAAUGCUAAAUGUAAAAACGUAUCCAACCGAAAUAGUCUUGAAGAUGUAGAAUCAAACACCGGAAGUACUUCCACAGAAAGAACUGUUAGCAAAGUAGUGGACGAGAAUUCCGAUCGAGACAUCGAAGCAAGGAAAAUCCCUAUUUGGGUUUUGGUUACAUUAGGCCUCUCGAUAUUAUGUUGUAUUGUAACUGGCUUUAUCACUUGUUUUUACCGUGCUUUAAGAAAAUAUCUUCCCUGCCUUGGAAAAACAGUGCACGAAUCACUACCGACGGCUUCAACAGGGGUUUUCGUUAACACUCAACAUUCUGACAUAUCUGGUGGUAUGGUGAACUUAGACUUGUUAUCGACCCGACAUAGAUCUCAUAACACCAUAAUUCGAGGAGCUGUCACUUCUGAGGCUAUAAAAGAUCAUGGAAAUCUGCAGCAAAGUCAGGACGUAAAGGUGUCCGGUUCAUUUCGUACAGAUCAUGAGGCGCUGGUGCACAAGCAGAGGGAACCCGAGAGCCACUGCUUUGGCCAUCUACCCUCAAAGUCCACUUCAAAUGAUGGGGAUCUCUCGGGUGCCAUUGGGUUCACGAAGUAUGAUUCUGAGGCUUACCCUGAUAGCCCGGAUUCUGUAUAUUGUUCUGUAGAUGAUAUCAAAGGUGCUCCUGGGGAUGUCGAUAUAGACCAAUUGAAUUCACAUGCGAUAUCAAUCCAGCAUCCAAGUCCAUCACCAAAAGAUCAACCCCAUGUACAGGCAUCAUUUUCAGCUUCUGUUAGACCAGGCAAAAUACCACGGAAUUCUUCAUCUGCGAGAUUGAAGAAAGCCGCUCAAACGGACGCAGAUAUGGAUUUGUUGUACUCAAAACCGGAUAUGAGCAGAAAGACGAACAGAAUUAGAGUUUUAGAGUCAGACUAUGAUGACCCCAGGUCUCCAGGACUAGAUCUCGGUCUAACCCGCAGAUGCAAACUCAAUGAAGAACCCAACAUUCUGGAACAUGAUAAGGAUUGUGGUAUGAGUCUUACAGACCUCUAUGAGAACAACAUUGCAAAUCCAACUGAUGAAUUAGUUGAUGAUGAAGGGCUUUAUGUCAAUUACUAAUAUUGCUAAAGCGUCACCGUCUCUCCACAAGUGAAUGAAGGCAAUUGAAUUAUUUUAUUUUAUUAAUCAUUAUUCAGCUUUGGUUAUUAAUUUUUUUUUCAAAGCACUUAGCAAUUCCACAGAGGUGUUUGUAAUCCUCGAACUUUUACGGAACCUUGACCCCCUGAAUUAUCUGACAGCCUUAGAAAUUCUAAAUAUAAGCAAUAUCAUCUUACUGUGCGUGAUAUAUAAGUAUAGUUCUCAAAUGACAUCCGUUCUGUACUUUCUAUGUGUAAAACUGUAUAAUGUUAACGGUACCUUUUUAGAUGUAUAUACUUCAUGAUUGUUUUAGAUAAGACCUUAUAAAGUUAGUUCGUUCUUUUAAAGGUAAAUUUUUCUCAGUCGUACACAUUGGAUGAAAAAGGUUACUAACGUGUUAACAAUCGAAUGUGGUAUUUUUAUGUUAAAUUGAUAAAUUUUGAAUGUUAUGAGAUUCUCUCACGCUGCGCUGUAAGGUAACAAACAUCGUUUAUGAGUAGGUGGUAGUGAAUUUUAGUUAAUGAGGCCUGUCUAGGUAUGUUGAGGGUGUGCCAAGGGGCAUCAUGUUAUUGUGUACGUGCAUGUGCUUAUUUUAGCUCUUAUCAUCCGUUGAAGCAAACUUUACCUACUUACACUAUAAAGCCAUAUUUAUCAAAUUAAUUAAUAUUAUUAAUAAUAUUCUAACAAAUGCUAUUAAAACGAGACUGUCGAUUCUUUUGUAUAAUAGUCCAGUUACAUCAUGCAUAUAUCCAUAUAUAAAAGUGUUAGAUUUCUUUCUUUCUUUCUUUUUUGCAUCUCUUAGACUUGAGUCUAAAGGUUCUUUGUCUAUACAUCUUGUAUUAUACUUACAGUCCCAUGGCUUCCACUUAAAUAAAUGCAACGUCAGAAAAAGGGCAGACGCUGAAAUGUUAUGAGAACGAAAGGCUACGGCUUUACAAUUAUGAAGAUCAAGCUUUCAAAAGAUGGAGCUAUUCUGGAUUUAUUUGGUUAAAAAAUGCCGUUUGUACAUCGCCAAUGCUGCACACUGUAAAAUAAAUACUGUACAUUUUGAAAG